GCGAAUUUGCCAACAUGCUCGUGUGUCUAAAUUGUGUCACCGGUGGGUGGGGGCAGGGCUGGGGAGGGGUCUAGGAACUUACGGACUCAACCAAAGAAAAGUGCAUUACAUCAGCGCAUGUACCAGAGCCCUUCCAUAAAAGGAGGCGAGAGACAGAUAUUGGCAAAUCUUUUCUGCUUCACUGAGUACCCGUCUGCUCCAGCCCCAGCAAACGCUACUCAGCCUGAAGCCCCUAAGGAGUUUUGCCCUUCUGCGAAAAAUCCUCCAAAGACCCCAGGGUGGGUCUACUGCUGCCACAUCACCAUGAAGUCUUUUCUUGCCGUCUGCACCCUCUCUGCUCUCCUGGCUACGGGGGCCUGUCUGCAGUGUUUGCGUUGUGAGGGAGAAGGAACCAGCUGCCCGGGGACCCUACAGACCUGCCCUGCUGGGCACAGCUCUUGUGGCGUCGUUCUAACAGAACUGACACUCACUGGAGAGAAGACCCAGACCAUUAUCAAGGGCUGUGCAACAGCCAGCCAAUGUAACGCUGGCUUCGUCUCGACGAACUUUGGGAAGGGAAUGAUGACAAGGACGAGCAUCUCCUGCUGCCAGACCGACUCCUGCACACCGGCACCUGCUCCAGUGCCCCCGGCUGACCCCAAACCCAACGGCCGGCGCUGCCCAGCCUGCUACGCUCCAUCCUCUGAGCAAUGCCGUGAACAGACCAUACAGUGCACUGGAGACGAGACCCAAUGCAUGGACAUCACCGGGCCCCUAAAAUCUGAUGGAUCUGCCAAGAAGACCAUUAUGAAGGGCUGUGGUACUAAGUACGUCUGUGACCAGGUCAAUGCGGGUUCUGGGAUCUUCGCGGGGAUCAAUGCAGAGGUAACCACGGCCACAUGCAAACCAGCCACCAGCACAGCCGGCACAGCUCUGGGACCCGCCGGGCUCCUCUUCCCAGCCCUCGCUGGGCUCCUGCUGCUGAAGAUUCUCUCCUGAUUCCCCACUCAGUCCAGUGGCCACGCCGCACUCAGUAACACCCCGGCCUCCUGUGUCAGCCCGUCGCCAGCUGCUCUCCCCUCCCAGGGGCCCUGGGCUCCCGCCUGGAUUCGCUUCCCUUUCAUAUUGUUCCGCUUAAUAAAACAAACUGGAGACCAAAA